AGGAAGAGGACCAAACACGCCCUUAUCAUCAUCUUCCAUUAGCGGAAACUUGGCAUAUGGAAGCUGCUGCUGUUGCUGAGAGCCUUAAAUCCCAGCUUUUAGCACUACGGAGCACACAAAAACGAAGCAGACUUCCCAGUUAUUUAAAGAGCGGCAAACUGGCAGUGAGAAUGUUUCAUUAGCCUUUGAACUCCCAGGCUUAAGGGGAAAAAAGAAAAAAAAAGCAAACGAUCACUUUCAACUAUUGGCGAGACAAAUUAAACCUUCCAAAAGGUCUAAUUGUUUGGAGAAAAGCAUCACCAAUCUUGAAGCUCAUCUGAGACCAACUCUGGGAACACGUCUAAUCCUGUUCAAAUGUUACUUUAUGCACGAGCUCAAGCACCUUUUGAGAUCUUGAAAAUUGGUGAAGGGACUUGAACACGGAGGUCUAGAACUCUAACACUAACUAAUAUACACUAGCCACAAUCAAUCCUACCCGAAAGCACAAUGGUUUGUAGAAUUGCAAUUCGGUCCUAAAUAUCACCCAAGAUAAGAUCGAUGGCAUAGUCUCCCAGCUUACAUUUUUCAGACCCUAUUAAGGCCUUUCUAGGUGCAUAAGUUUAAGAGAUGAGCACAUUGGACGUAACCAGAGCAGAACUUGCGCUCGUUGUUUUGUAUCUGAAUAAGGCUGAAGCCAGAGACAAGAUAUGCAGAGCUAUACAGUAUGGUUCAAAAUUCUUGAGCAAUGGAGAACCUGGAACAGCACAGAAUGUUGAUAGAUCCACUGCCUUAGCACGUAAAGUCUUUCGUCUUUUCAAGUUUGUCAAUGAUCUUCAUGGACUAAUCAGCCCUACUCCCCAAGGAACACCUCUGCCCCUUGUUCUUUUAGGGAAGUCCAAGAAUGCUUUGUUAUCAACUUUUCUAUUCCUCGAUCAAAUUGUUUGGCUCAGUAGGACGGGCAUCUAUAAGAACAAAGAACGUGCAGAGCUGAUUGGCAGGAUAUCACUGUUUUGUUGGAUGGGUUCAUCAAUUUGUUCCACAUUGGUUGAGCUUGGAGAGCUUGGGAGGCUUUCCUCAGCAAGAAAAAAGCUGGAGAAGGAUCUUAAGAACAGGAAUAAAUAUGAAGAUGAGAAAUACUGCGCAAAGGUCAAACAAUCAAAUGAACGGUCCCUUGCACUGAUUAAAGCCGCCAUGGAUGUUGUUGUUGCAAUUGGACUGCUUCAGUUGGCACCUAAGAAAGUAACUCCUCGCGUUACUGGAGCAUUUGGAUUUGUCACCUCUUUGAUAUCAUGUUAUCAGUUGCUUCCAUCUGCACCAAAGUCCAAGGCCUCCUAAAGAAAGAGACUCUUUGUAUGAAUCUCAUUUAAAUAAUUAUUUUAACAUGUAAAAAAAAAAAAUACAGAUGUUUACUGUAAUACCCUUGCUGCAUUGACUGACUUUAUGGUGAAUGAUAUAUAUAUAUAUAUUUAUAUA